AAAAAAAAAAACAGACAACUGGGUAGUAUAUUUUUCGUUUCUUUUCUUUUUUCCCUUUGCUAUAUAUCUUUGUUUCUCUCUCUUAAACCGCCUAGCAACUUGAGGUUCUACUUAAAUUAGCAAAGGCUUUAAAGGUAGUGUGCAGUUUUAGGAAGGGCAACCUUUUUUUUUUUCCUCACUCGGGGCUUCAGUUAAAGUAAAGCUAAGUGAGGGAAUUCCGGUGUUUUCUAAAUGGUUAAAGAAGGAAUAUCAGAUCUAAAACAGGCUUGUGGUUUAUGUUAUAUAGAGAAGCUAACUGGGAUAUGAGUAGCUGGCUGCUGUAUAAAGUUGGUCAUUUCAUUGAGGAUUUUAAGAGUUUGAGGGAAAGAAGAUAGCAUCUGCCCACACCAAAGAAAGGGCCGGGGAAGAAGAUAUCAGAAAGCAAUGAAUAAGAGUAACCUGAUGAGCUCCAUCACCAGCUCUCAUCUCAUCGAUGCAAAGCUCGAGGAGCAUCAGUUGUGUGGAUCCAAGCACUGCCCUGGUUGUGGAACCAAGCUUGAAGGAAAGCCGGACUGGUUAGGUCUACCAGCAGGAGUGAAAUUUGAUCCGACAGAUCAAGAACUGAUAGAACACCUUGAAGCAAAAGUAGAAGCUAAAGACAUGAAAUCUCACCCUUUGAUAGAUGAGUUCAUCCCAACUAUUGAAGGAGAAGAUGGGAUUUGCUAUACCCAUCCCGAGAAACUCCCAGGAGUGACCAGAGAUGGGUUGAGCAAGCAUUUCUUUCACAGGCCAUCAAAGGCCUACACAACUGGGACAAGAAAGAGAAGGAAAAUUCAAACCGAAUGUGACUUACAAGGUGGAGAAACAAGGUGGCAUAAAACGGGGAAGACAAGGCCAGUCAUGGUCAAUGGCAAACAAAAAGGGUGCAAGAAAAUCUUGGUUCUCUACACGAAUUUUGGGAAGAACCGAAAACCCGAAAAGACUAAUUGGGUCAUGCACCAAUAUCAUCUUGGUCAACACGAGGAAGAGAAAGAAGGAGAGCUUGUGGUGUCCAAGAUAUUUUAUCAGACUCAACCAAGGCAGUGCAACUGGUCUGAUCGAACUAAUGCUGCCACAACUGUUGAUGGAACGACCAACGUGGUCGUCGUCGACCCUAAUAAUAUCAGACGAGAUAGUGGCAUUCGAAGUUGUUCUUCAAAGGAGCAAUUAAUCCCUCUUAGAGAUGAAGUGUCCGGAGCUGGGAUUGCCCCCGCUGCUUUAUCAAGUUUUGCCUCUGCCAUGGAUAUUCAACACUUGAAAUCUGAUCAUCAUCUGAGUUUCACCCCGUUUAGUAAAAGCUUCGACCAGGUGGGGCUUGCAGAAGCUUCAGCAGCAAGGGAAACUCCAACACAAGGCACGGGCCAAGAGAUACCGGAGCAUCAUCGGGGGCCAAAUCAUAUGGCCCAUGAUCAUCAUCAUCAUCUUCUUCUCCAUCAUCAUCAACAACAGCAGCAGCAGCAGCAUCAGAUUGCUACCACGGCGUUCCACAUUAGCAGGCCAUCGCAUCCCAUUUCCACCAUCAUCUCUCCACCUCCCCUUCACCACACCUCCAUCAUCCUUGACGAGGACUCCUUUCAUGUCUCAAGAAUAAUGCUACAAAACGAAAGUUUCCAGCAACAACAGGAGCAGCAAAGUCAUAAACUGGGAGGAAGGUCUGCAACAGGUUUGGAAGAACUAAUAAUGGGUUGCACUUCAACUGAUAUCAAAGAAGAGUCAUCAAUAACGAACCCACAAGAAGCUGAAUGGUUGAAGUACUCCUCUUUUUGGCCUGACCCUGACAACCAUGCUCAUCAUGGCUAGAAAGAAAAUAAAGCAAAAAAAAGAGAAAAAAAACUUACCCAAACAAACAAAACCUUACAAAACAUCGAUCACUAUAAUGACUAUGAAGCCUUUCUCUAGUUAAAGUCCUUUCGAAGAAGUGAAAAAGAGAGAGGCCAUAUAUAUAAAUAUACAUAAACUACUAUAUAUAGCUUGCUUUUUUUUUCUUACUUUUUGAAUGUGGGGAGGCCUGUUUUAUGACCCUCAAAGUCUCUCAAGUCUCAGCUUAGUUACCUGUACAAUAUAUAUAUGUGGUUCAUGUUGGAAUGAAAGAGGAAAAAGAAUAAAAAAGAAAGCAGGAAGAAAAGGCUGCUAUUUUCUCUGACAAAUAGGACUGAAGAAGACCCAAAGCGAAAUCCAAGCAAGCCCUGCAUCAAAAUCAUCACCCUUAUGAUUAUUAUAUCAUCUUUAUGCCUAUACCUAUUAUUUUAUUAUUUCAAGGACACUUGUAUAAUUUCUUUUAUUUGUUCUUUUUUUUUCUUCCUACCUUUUUAAAGAAAUAUACUGCAAAUUCCAACAAA